CUUUGCCUUUCACUCUCAUGAACGGUCUUCACGCCUAUGGAGACGACUCGCAAAGCGACUCGGAGGAGAAGGUUGCUUCAUCCUCGAAAACCAGUGUGGGAAUAUAUCUGAAUAAUGAUAAGGCGCUGAAGGGUGUAUCAAACUCAUUCUCAGAUGCCCGUCUGCUACCCAAAUCUCAAGUAAUCAUUCGUCGACCUGUGCAGCAGAGAGGUCACCCUCGUGCUCAUGCAUCAGAUGAGAUUGUAGGCAGUUUAGAAAGCUUUCGAGCUUCCAGUCCAGCGUCUAUGCCCAAUGCGUUUCCGAACACGGAACAGGUUGAAACUGGAUCUUCAGAAGAGGCAGAUGAAAUCUCUCAUAUCCGACAACUAUUGAGACAACCGCCAAUUCCGGGUUUCACAGACUGGGGCAUCUCACCAGCAUCUUUGUCUCCAUAUGAUCCGGUAAUUCAGACUAAACUUGCACAGUUUCACGCUUUAAAGCAAGAUUCUGAACAUCCCAAGCACUUCAAUGAUUCGCUUAUGUCCAACCGAUCUUUUCGCAAUCCCCAUCUAUAUGCUAAGCUUGUAGAAUUUGUGGACGUCGAUGAGCGCACGACGAAUUUUCCAAAGGAUAUGUGGGAUCCAGAUGACAUGCGCUCUGAAUGGUUUGCGAACAGCAUCGCCGCGCUGCAAAAAGCUCGCUCAGAGCAAACUGCUUCCUCUCAGUCCAAGCGAACGCAGAUCAAUUUUUCCACUUCUGGAAAGGUACCACCCCUCACUCACGACAAGCUGGCCCCACGACACAGUGGCAGAUUCCAUCCCUACUCUCGCCUGCGUUAAGCUCGAUAUCCUUGUGAAUCAUGUAUAUUACCACGUAUUUCUAUAUUACUCUCUCCAGAGUCCUUGAGUGUAUCAAAUACGCCGCAAAGGACCGUCCAUGAUCAGCUUUAUCGGAGUCUACACUUGAACUAAUGUGAGGGUGCAGCCUGCCGGAAUGUUCCGGCACCAGGAGCGUUUGCGCCGGUUUCUUCGGUUUUCCUUCGUCGGCCGUACUUCGCACCUCCUGACUCACUUUGAGAUCCACCCACCACUCCCUUUUCAUUUCCACCGCCGAAGCACACUUCAUAGCCCUCCGUAUUCAUUAGUUUGUUGUAUAAGCGAAAUCGAUCAAUGCACAUUCGUUUGUUAGCGA